GCCUUCUGGAUGAGCUCGCUCCGUCGCGCGUGCCGAGGGGAGAGAGAAAAAAAACGCACCCGCGUCAUCAUGUUGAGUUUCUGCUCUACUUUUUAAAUCCGGACCGCGGACCCGUUCCAGUCCAGUCCAGGACUUUUUAUUUUAUUUUUUACUCUUUUCUCUUUUUUUCUUUUUUUUUUUUUGCUUUGAGCCGAGCUUUCAUCUGCCGGUGUCCCGCUCCUGCUUCUCCUCCCACGCGCAGCCGUGUGAUGCCCGCCGGGAUGUUCAGCAUCGACAGCAUCCUGUCCGGACGGCCGAGCUGCAAAGAGCCGCUGCUGCUGCACCGGACCGGCCCGGUGGUUCUGUCCGCCGCCGGCCUCACGGACUCCAUCUACACCGACUACAACGGACUGUAUUCAGCCGCGCGUGGGCCGUCCCCCCCAGGAGUUCAUUCUGUGAACGGAACCAGGAUCGGAUAUAACAGCUAUUACUACGGACAGCUGCAGAUCCAGGGCGCCGGAGGAGGGCCGCCGUGCUGCGGGGCCGUGCCCGGCCUCAGCCCGCACCAGUGCCCCUGCAUCCCCACAGGCUACGACGGCCCGGGCUCGGUGCUGAUCUCUCCGGUUCCCCACCAGAUGAUGUCCUACAUGAACGUGGGCAGCCUGUCACGGACGGAGCUGCAGCUGCUCAACCAGCUUCACUGCCGCCGGAAGCGGAGACACCGAACCAUCUUCACCGACGAGCAGCUCGAGGCUCUGGAGGGCCUCUUCCAGGAGACCAAGUACCCGGACGUCGGCACGCGGGAGCAGCUGGCCCGCAAGGUCCACCUCCGCGAGGAGAAGGUGGAGGUGUGGUUCAAGAACCGGCGCGCGAAGUGGCGGCGGCAGAAGCGUUCUUCAUCAGAGGAGUCCGAGAACUCCCAGAAAUGGACCAAAACCACCAAGACGGAGAAAACCCACGAGAGCAAAAGCGACGUGGAGUCGGACAGCUGAUGGAGAGAAAGAAAGAUGCGCGAGGCACGGCCGCGUGCGUGUACCUGUCCGUGACGUGGAGCCACGACACGACACGCUGGUGGCCUGAUGUUGCACAGCUGUAAAUAUCUUCAUCUUUUUAUUAAUGACUCUGUGACUCUUAUUUAUAUUUAAUUUAAGCUGUUAUUUUGUAACGUUUCACGCGCGGGGCGGGGAGGCGGGCACGCGCAGGUGGGAAGGGCACGCGCUGAAAGUGUCAUGGUGUAAUAAAUAAAUAAAUCUGUGACGUUUAUGGAUAUUUUAAAUGUUGUAAAGUGGAACCUGGUGAAGCACGUGGCAGGAAACAAUAACGCGCGCGAGCUCACGAGUUUUUCUGCAAAAAGUAACGUAAAGUGACAUUAAAGUAUCA